AUGUCCGCGAACAGUAUGUCGGACCCACGGAGGCCCAACAAAGUGCUGAGGUACAAGCCCCCACCGAGUGAGUGUAACCCAGCCCUGGAUGAUCCGACACCAGACUACAUGAACCUGCUCGGCAUGAUCUUCAGCAUGUGCGGCCUCAUGCUCAAGCUGAAGUGGUGUGCUUGGGUCGCUGUCUACUGCUCCUUCAUCAGCUUUGCCAACUCCCGGAGCUCUGAGGACACGAAGCAGAUGAUGAGUAGCUUCAUGCUGUCCAUCUCUGCCGUGGUGAUGUCAUAUCUGCAGAACCCUCAGCCCAUGACGCCCCCCUGGUGA